UUCAGACUUGUGUUGUGUUGCGACUUGUUGUGAGAGCAAGCAAGAAGUUGUGGUCUCUGGUGCAAGACACAAGGCUAACGAUAAUCCGGCAAAAACAGGUCUCUUGAAGCCACACUGCUGCAUUUGAGCCCAAGCCCAGUCACGGUUUAAAAUGAGAGCGAUUGCACUUGUGACACUUCUGUUCCUCGCAUAUGGCCUGGUGACCCCCUUUUACCUCCAACCAUGGAGCAAGAUUACUCUGACUCUCCAUUGGCCACAAACAUUCUGUGAAACGGCACACUGCAAACAACACUUCAAAUACUGGACUUUGCAUGGACUUUGGCCAAACACAGGCAUGAAUUGUAACAACACAUGGAAAUUCAAUAUGAGUGAAAUACAGGACCUAAAGCCAGAUAUGGAUAAAUACUGGCCAAAUCUUCUACAUCCGACCUCUGUUCAGUUUUGGAGUUACGAAUGGCAUAAACAUGGAACGUGUGCUACAUCAGUGGAGUCUCUUAACAGUCAGCAUAAAUACUUCAGCAAAGCUCUUGAACUGUACAAACAGUUUGACCUCACUAACACCCUGAAAAAUGCUGGUAUUGAGCCUUCAGAGCAGAAUUACCAGUUUGAUGACAUCGAGCGUUGCAUUUGGCAGCAUUUUGGUGCCCAACCAAAGAUUCAGUGUGUUGCAUCAACCAAGGGUGAGCAUGUUCAGGUAUUGGGCCAGGUUGAAAUCUGCUUGAACAGGGACUUCAUGCCUAUUGCCUGCGAGAAGUCAAAGGAAGACCUGUGGAGCCGAGUCAAUGACGUUCUCCUGAAUCGCUUCAGUGCGCCCUCACCAUUCCAUGUCUGUGACUUUGGCACGCCUGUGCAUUAUCCAGUGGUAACAGAAAACAAAACAAGACAUUAAAGUUCCUCUUUAAGGGCUAAUGACGAAGUAGUGGUUUAGAGGAUUUGACCUAUUCAUCGGUUUGUGUUUGACUUCGCUUAAUUGUGGUUUUGGUGGUAAAUCACAUUUCCUCUUUUCUUUAAAAUGCUCUGCUGGUCAGUAUCACAAUCAGUGUCUUAUUCUCAUUUUGCCACGACACAAAGUGUAUGUCAUUGACGAGUCGGCUCAAUACACCCACAUGCCACAUGAUGGGUAUUGUUCAAGCACGAGAACUUUGUUGAUGGGCUUUUUUUGAGCUUUGCCUACCAUUUCACUAAGGGCCUUUAGUCUCUUUCUUGCUCUCUCUCUCUCUAUCCAACUGCUUCGCCCUCUCUCCUUUUCUGUCCUCUCCGUCUUUAAAACUCUGGUGGCCUGCCACAGUUUUAAACAUUAAUGAGCAACUAUGAAUAAGCAGCUUUUUGCUGGACAUCAAACAAAAUGGACCCCCAUUUCACUUCCACCGAUUUUGAAAAAGGUAGAGGUCACCCUCAGGGGAGAAGUAGUGCUGUCUGUGUUACAUUUGAAGAUAUACAGUAUAAGUGCUUCUAUUCAUUUAUUGCUAUUUCUUAUAGUAAUUUUUAGGAUGCAAUUUUGGAGUUAGGAUUAGGCUCUACAAAUUAGGAUGGUAUUUUCACUGGGAGGGUUGUUGAAGAGAAAUCCCCAGACUCUUGUAACUUUAUGUUCUUAUUUCCCAUUAUUUGACAUUAGCAACUUCUGUCAUCUUCAUGGUAGUAGAAUUCUGUAUCAGGGUAAGGGAUGAACGGUAUACUUGUCCCUACUAUGCACUGAUAGUUAAGCAUUCAAUGAGAACUGUGAGGAAGUUUAUUUUUUUUUUUUUUACUUUUAAUUUUACUACUUUACAUUUCUCUUGAAUUAGUAUUGCAUUCUAACUUAAUAUAUUUCCCCACAGAAUUGUUUCUAUAAUUAGCUUUAGCAACUACUUACAUUUAUUGUGUAGUUCUGAGUGGCAUUUGGAGAAGACUGGUGGUUGUGGCGUAGAAUGACAUAGUAAAUCAACCAAGCCAGCCAGCUAAAUGCUUUGAUGGUACUCCACGCUCAAGCAGAGUAUUUUAUUUUUGACUCCAUCUGUGUUUGCUUAUAUGUUACUUUUAUCUUUAAUUUAUUUUUAUUUCAGGUUUUAUACGUUUUAUAAUUUGCACACUUGCAAUUUGUCAUUGAUCCUCUUUUCUUGUAUGUACAUGUUGUGACCACUGGGGGUCAGCAUUUGUUUGCUUAAAGGUUCUCUCACUACUGUAGUAGAGAGAGGAGCAGACCUGAGUUGUUAUGUUGUUAUGCAUUGUUGUUUGUUAUGUAAUUUCUAACACUACAAUAAUACAGAAAUUGGAAUUGGUCAUUUUCAUAAAUCAGCAUUAUAAUGUGUGAAUCAUGUUUUGGAGAUAAUCAACUGGAUUUUAGCACUUUUCUAUUGCAAUGUCUAUUUGAAUGAUAAAAAACAAUAAAAAAAAAUAAAUAACCUUA